AUGAAAGCUACGGAUCCGCUCAUGCAGUCGUGGCACAGCCAAGCGAGCGGCCACCAUGCCACUAAGGCCAUAUUGAAUUUUCUCAGGCCAUCACGAUCGCGAUCCAGCACUAACAAUGAGCUGGUUGCGGUGUCAAGGCCAGUCCCUUCGUGUCCAAACUCCAGCACCGUAGGCGACUUCUCGCAUCUACGGAAGCGUCGACCGAGAAGCGCUCAUUAUGAUCCGAACACCAUCACGCUGCCCGAAAAACAGGAUUAUCCUGAACAAAACGUAAACGAGACAUAUGAACGACUUGAGAAACUUGGUGAAGGAAGUUACGCCACUGUCUACAAAUGCAGGUCAAAAAUUGAUGGCUCUACAGUAGCUCUCAAGGAAAUUAAAUUGCAAUUUCAAGAAGGUCUACCGUUCACGGCAAUCCGGGAAGCAUCCCUUUUGCGCGCUCUACGUCAUGCCAAUAUCGUUUGUCUACAUGAUAUUUUUCAUCAGCAUAAUCAGUUAACAUUUGUAUUCGAAUAUAUGAAAAUGGAUCUCAGCAAGUAUCUUGAGCGUCAUCCGACGGGUGUAGACGCUUUUAAAAUCAAACUACUUCUAUUUCAACUGCUUAGAGGACUUGAUUUUUGUCAUAAGAAGAAGAUAUUGCACAGGGAUCUCAAACCCCAAAAUCUGCUGCUCGAUGACAUGGGCGUUCUUAAGUUGGCCGACUUUGGAUUGGCCAGAGCGAAAUCCGUUCCAAGCAGGACCUAUUCACAUGAGGUCGUCACACUCUGGUACCGGCCACCAGACGUACUGCUCGGCAGCACUGAAUAUUCAACAUCGUUAGAUAUGUGGGGAGUUGGAUGUAUAUUUGCUGAAAUCUGUACAGGAAAAGCGCUUUUUCCCGGUACAAAAGAUGUUGAUGAUCAGCUCGAUAAGAUUUUCAGUGUUCGAGGUCUUCCGAAUGAAGCCCAUUGGCCGCAGGUUAAGCAUCUUCCUCAUUAUGCGCCUCAGAAUUUCCCACCGUAUAAAGAGGUCCCGUUCAAGCAAGUGAAUAUGCUUUUCGCCAAACUUCAAAAGUCUGGCAACGAUCUACUUGCCAUGUUUCUGCAGUUAAAGCCCGAAGAUCGCAUAUCAGCCAGCUGCGCUAUGCUUCAUCAAUACUUUGCGGGUCUUCCUCGAAAUAUCCAUAUUUUACCUCCAAUCGCUUCAAUUUUCUCACUGCCUGAACUUCGGCUAGGAAAGCGAUGA